GUGUGUAUGGUGCAACGAUUAGCAUCAAGAAAACCUGGCUAAAUAUAUUAUGUUUAUUUGUUUAUUUGAACGAUUAUCGAAGUGAAUUUUGAGAACCGAUUCACAGUAACCAUCUUAUACCAUCUGCUAAUUAGUACUCAUUGUUCAUGUGAAAGAGCUGUUCAAAAGACUCAAUCUUUCAGCUUGCGUAAAGCUGCUGUUUUAGAUAUCUAUGUCUAAUAACGCAUCACAUUUCUUGAACCCUCCAGCGAGCUACUUGGAAAGGCGCGGCAAGCUACUGGUAGCUUUUGAGUGACUGUUUGAAAAGGACUGAUCUAACCCCAUGUAUUGUUUCCUGUUAAGUAGUUCAACCAGUUCAGAGUUAAAGCUGUAUCAUUCUAAUUUGUCUAUUAGGAUAUUGUGGUUGACUGUAUCAAAUGUUUUUUCAAGAUCAAUAAAUACUGCAGCUUUACACAGAUUAUGGCAGUGGUUGUUUCUUGUUUAAAUGAUUGCCGUAGAUGUUGAUGUUCUCUCUGUAUUCAUAUUGGCUAUUGCAAAGUAGUGUGUUUUAUAAAUUCAUGUAAUCUGUAGGGAAACAAAAACAAUAUUUAUUUUCGGAUCAAUGCACUUAUUUGUAAACAAUUUAACAACCUAUAAAUAUAACACAAAACAAUGUAACAAUACGUCAAAACACAGAGGGGCUUUGGGGGCCAAAAGUCAUUGUACAUUGUCUUAUAAUGUUGUACAGUAUUGUAAGUAUAUACUGCUAAAUUGUUCACAAUUAAGUAUUUUUAUUAAAACCUUUUGUUUGCCUAAAAUCCUUGUCCUGUUUUAUUCUGAUCAUUAUCAACAAAUUUAAAGGCAAAAUAAUUGACAGAUUUCCAGUAAAAAGUGAAACGGUAUCAGCAAUACUGGCCCUGUGUUAACUUAUCGAAUCGAUACCAAAAUUUUCAGUAUCGUCCGCUCUUGCAAACAGUAAACCAAGCGAGGAAUCUUGGGACAUAAGACCAUCAGAUAGGACACACCCUGCUUGCCUUUGCGAUAGCACGCAGUGCGGUGACAAAACUGCUAUGUCGGGCCUGUCAAAGAGAGAGAGAGAGAGAGAGAGGAGAAUGCUGAGUCAGUGAACAUACCAUGAAAGCCCAGGGAGAGGGUGCCAGAGGGUAAACGCCAGGGCGAGAGGGUAGAGAAAGGUUACACUCAGGGAAGAUGGAUGUCCUUUUGCCUGGGCUGUCCCGGGUGGCCGUUUGCGGCGGUACCCAUGGUAACGAGCUUUCUGGAGUGUACCUAGUGAGGGAGAUGCUGAGGGUGGAAAAAGGAGACGAAGACAUGUCGACACAGAAGCUGCUGUCCAACCCGCGGGCUGCCGAGCUAUGCCGCCGCUACCUGGACGUCGAUCUUAACCGCUGCUUCACCCACGCCGCCCUGAACGAUCCCUUACCUGAUCCAGCUCCCUAUGAAAUGGUUCGAGCCCGAGAGCUGAACGCCAUGCUCGGCCCCAAAGGUAGUCCGCGAGCUGUGGACCUGGUUUGUGAUCUACACAACACAACGUCUAACAUGGGCCUGUGUCUUAUUGCCUUCUCCGACUGCGACUGGAUCAGCCUGCAUAUAUACCACUACCUUCAGAGAGAGAUGCGAUAUAUUCCAGUGAGGUACGUUCAUUUCAAUGUCUCAGACAAGGAUUCCUAUUCCCUGGAUUCAGUUGGAAAACAUGGUUUUGCUUUAGAGAUCGGGCCUCAACCACACGGCUUGGUGAGGUCUAACAUCUACUCAGCUAUGAAAGAAGGUCUCCAGCACAUUCUCAACUGGGUGCGGCUCUUCAACUCAGGCGUUGUUUUCAAUGGCGGAUCGGUGGAUGUGUUCACCACGGUUGGACACGUGGACUAUCCUAGAGACGAGGACACGCACAACAUCACCGCAGCCAUUCAUCCUCAACUCCAGGACAGAGACUUCUGCCUCCUUCAUCCUGGAGACCCCCUCUUCCAGACUUUCUCAGGCCAAACUGUGAGCUACAAAGGCAGCAAAGCUCUUCACCCGUUCUUUAUCAACGAAUGUGCUUAUUAUGAAAAGGGUGUCGCUCUCUACCUCGCAACCAAGCGCACUUUCACCAUCCCAGCAGUCCGGGUACACAAAGAAGACCAUCAAGAUGUGAGAUUCCCAUCUGAAGAAGAGGAAGAAUGAUGCCUGUAAAUAAUCCCAAUAAUAGAAAAAUAAAGCUUUCCUGUUAUGUAGCCUAGCAUGCCGACUUCUUGCUGCACUCAUUCUUCUCUCGGAUAAAAAAUACAAAUAAACACGCAUACUAACGUUAAUAUUUCAGCAGAG